AUGAUGAGGACGAACACUCUCUUCCUCCUCUCGCUCGCCAUUCUCCUGGGCACAUCGCUCGCCGUCACCGAUGUGUCGCAGGAGGCCCAGCUCAGCAAGUUCAUGACGACCAGGGCCUUGAAACGGCUGACGACGAAGAGGCCCAGGGUGAACGGGCCCGAGGAAACCGACCCAUGGGCCGACCCUAGCGCCUUCGCCCACCUGGCCGAACGCUGCAAGGGCCCGCCAAGCGGCAGCAAGGAGGCCGACAGGGUCCUGGGGCUGCCGGGCCAGCCGCCGCGCGUCAACUUCCGGCAGUACUCCGGGUACGUGACGGUGAACGAGGAGCACGGCCGCGAGCUGUUCUACUACUUCGUGGAGUCCCCCCACGACGCCGCCUCUAAGCCGCUCAUCCUGUGGCUCAACGGAGGGCCAGGAUGCUCGUCGCUGGGAUUCGGGGCCAUGAAGGAGCUCGGCCCCUUCCGCGUCAACCCCGACGGCACCCUGAGAAGGAACAAGCACUCAUGGAACAACCUGGCUAACGUGAUCUUCCUGGAGUCGCCGGCGGGCGUCGGGUUCUCCUUCUCGAGGAACGCCACCGACUACGACACGGUCGGCGACAGGCGGACCGCCGAGGACACGUACGUGUUCCUCGCCAAGUGGCUGGACAGGUUCCCGGAGUACAAGGGCCGCGCCUUCUACGUCACCGGCGAGAGCUACGGCGGGCACUACGUCCCGGAGCUCGCCACCGUCAUCCUGUACAUGAACCGCUUCCCGGACUUGCUGACUCCCAUCAACCUCCAAGGCAUCUUCUUCGGCAACCCGUUGCUCGACGAUUACCUGAACGGGAAGGGGGAGCUGGAGUUCCUCUGGAGCCACGGCGUGAUCUCCGACGAGGUGUGGGCGCGGAUCCUCGCCAACUGCACCUUCACCCCCUCCGACGACUGGCCGUGCUUCGUGGCGGCGCACUCGUUCCAGAGAGGGAACAUCGACAAGUACGACAUCUACGCGCCGGUGUGCCUGCAGUCUGACAACGGCACCUAUUACUCCAGCAGCCACUCGCUGCCCGGCUACGACCCCUGCAGCUACUACUACAUCGAGCCCUACCUUAACAACCACGCGGUGAAGCAAGCUCUGCACGCUCGGGUGGACACCAACUGGACAGGCUGCAGGUAAAAUUUGGCGUGGAACGACGCCCCCGAGUUCAUGGUGCCAAUCAUCAAAAGGCUGAUCAACGAAGGGCUCAAAGUAUGGAUAUACAGCGGCGAUUUUGAUUCCGUGUGCUCGAUCACCGCAACGCGGUUCUCUGUCAAUGACCUCAACCUGACCGUCACCACGAAGUGGCGCCCCUGGUACACUCCUGACAGCGAGGUAGGAGGCUAUGUUCAGCAGUACAAAGAAGGCUUUACUUUCGCGUCAGUAAGGGCAGCUGGCCACUUGGUCCCUACUAUCCAGCCGAAGAGGUCACUCGUUCUGCUCUACGCUUUCCUGAAGAACAUGCUCCCUCCUGCUGACAUCUCGAACUGAACAACUGAUGAGCAUUCGCAUUUGCACUUCUGGCUCCGUCUGGGAUGAUUGAUCAGGAUCAGGUCCCUCCUUUUUUUUUACUUGAUUACACAAUGUCUCGUUGCGUAGAAGGACGUACGCUGAGAAGCUCUGUAAUGGGUGCCCAGUUGGUGUUCAUCCCAAAAAACGAAUAAAGAGAAUUUUACAGCCUUCCUUUUGCUGCAUGAUAAUCCUAGAAUUACAGUCGUAGCGUUUUGGCCUAAAGUUUGUGGCGAGCGAGAUGAAUUGUAAAAAUGCAACUUUUGAUGGCUAACUAUUAACUCUAGUAAAUUCAAACACAUUGUGGCGUGUGUGGUCGUGGGGGUCAUCUCUAGUGUUGGCAUCAAAUGAAUGAAUCCUACUGCGAGGAACCUUCGUUCUCAGCAAUGGCAGCUACAUACUGCUUUCUACAAGAUUAAUCCAAACUGAUACCUGGAUACCAGUAUGACCGAUCGUAUAAACUAGUGAUCUCGAUCGUCUGGCCGUACGCGAACGCUAUCACGAUGGUGAGCAUAUCCAUGUGGACAAUGCAAUGGACCAUGUUUGU